CGCCGCUUCUCCUUCCUCUUCCUUCCAUGCCCGUGGAGCGACCCUGGGAUUUAAUCGGAGAGAACAGCUGUUGCUCGCCACAGUCCGACUCGACCAGUCAGAUCACGACCGACCGCAAUUCGCGUGCAGUGAGAAGACACGAGAUUAUUCGCACUUUUACGCACAUACCGCUCGACAAGCGCACUCCGACCGACGGGUUCCUUCAUACGCCCGAGAUAGAUCGCAUCUCAUUUCGCAGCCGCCGAGAGAGAGAUAGAGGAAGAGAGACAAUCGCAAGUCUCCGGCGGCUGUGACACCUCUUCGGGCUCAUACGCAGAGUUCUGUGUUUACAUCGCGUGACACGCCGCAACGUCCGCGAUAUAUCGCUCGAUAUCCGCAGGGACAUCAGCCGGAAUUCCGGGACGAGAAGGAGGAAGCUGGGAGAGAGAGAGAGAAGUCAGCGACGGGUCGACGUCUACACGACGGCAUUACGGUUGUUAAACGAACGUCAACAACAAAGAGGACCAACGAGGACACCGGAGAAGAGCAGCAGCGACAGCGUCAGCGAUAUGAAUCUGUCGUUCGCCGGUUGUGGUUUCCUGGGCAUCUACCACGUCGGCGUGGCGGUAUGUCUGAAGAAGUACGCGCCGCACUUGCUGCUGAACAAGAUCAGCGGAGCCUCCGCUGGCGCUAUCGCCGCAUGCUGCCUGCUCUGCGACCUACCCCUGGGGGAAAUCACGAGUCAUGUACUGCGCGUGGCACGUGAGGCGCGGCAACGCACACUCGGACCGUUCAGUCCAUCUCUCAAUGUUCAUCAGAUUAUGCUGGAGAGCCUGCAGAAGUUUUUACCGGACGAUGCUCACAUCCGUGUAAGCGGAAAAUUGCACAUCUCUCUGACCAGAGUAUACGAUGGGAAGAACGUGAUCGUCUCGCAAUUCGGCUCGAGAGAAGAUCUACUGCAAGCUCUGAUGGCCACUUCGUUCGUGCCGCUGUUCAGCGGCCUCUUACCGCCGCGAUAUCACGGUGUCCGAUAUAUGGACGGUGGUUUCAGCGACAAUCUACCUACGCUCGACGAAAACACCAUCACCGUUAGUCCGUUUUGUGGAGAAAGCGAUAUUUGCCCGAGGGACAUUUCGUUCCAACUUUUUCACGUCAAUCUCGCCAAUAUGAGCAUAGAGCUGUCCAAACAAAACAUAUACAGAUUCACGAGAAUACUCUUUCCGCCUAAAAUCGAGGUCCUUUCGAAUAUGUGUAAGCAAGGAUUUGACGAUGCAUUGAGAUUUUUACAUCGUAAUAAUUUGUUAACUUGCACGAGGUGUCUCGCAGUACAGUCAACAUUCGUCGUGUCGGAAACUCUCAAUGAAAGUAUGGAAUAUGACCCGGAAUGUUUGGAAUGCAAGCUACAUAGACAGGAAGCAUUGGUGUCUAAAUUGCCCGAGACCGUUCUGACAAUAUUCCAAGAUGCUAUAGAUUCUGCCAAUAAGGGACUCGUUAACUGGCUAUUCAAACACCGUAGCAUAAAACUGUUGUCGUUACUAAGUUUACCCUGCACGAUACCGGCUGAUAUAAUGUAUGCAACCGUGACAAAAAUCAUUACUUUCAGUGUUCCGAAAUUACGACAUAACUUAGACGAGUUGAAGAAAUUCAUCUUCGAUAUACUGACUAUAUUGUUCCCGAAGAUUCACGUCUAUUUGCAGCCAUUGCCUCCACUUAUCAACUGCCAGUUUAAUAUCACGGAAUAUGGCAUGAAUUUCCCGGAAGAUGUUCAAGCUGGAGACGAUGCAGACAGUGUGUAUAAGAAACAAAAGAAUCUGAAUUUGACUCUCCAAUAUAACGACCGGCAAUCGUGGAAUGAAUCCAGGAAAUCAAGUUGUGUGAUCAACAUGGGCGAUUUCACAACAGUGGAUGACACUUUCGAGAGUAUCCUUCAAGCAACUUCCGAUCAAGAAGCUGUAAUAGCGUAUUAUUAUAUGGACGACAAUAACAAGGUGCAAGUGACAGAAAUCUUUGACGUAACGGAUUCGGGAUCGCAUGCUAUGCUCUCCAUGGAAGAAAUGGACACCAAUGGCAAACUCGAAUUUGAUGAUUGGGAUGAGCACACGUAUUUGUCUCAGCAUACAAUUAAUGAUGUACAUACGGAGUCUCUUUACACCGACGGCAAUGUACAUUCGAGCAAUGCAUCAGUCGCAUCGUUAGACGACAUAUUGGAUAGUCCAAACAUGUUUUCCGAUCCGGAAAGUGAAUGGGAGGCGGAUGAGGACCAGGAAAAGGUGCAGACUUCUAAAUCUCCGGACAGUUGGCCAGAAGUCGAUCAACCGUCUACGAAAAGUCUACAAAAACAAUAGUUCGGUUAGUUUUUUUUUUUUAUUUUAUUUUAUGGACCCCCUCAAUCCUGAGAAACACGAAGUUUCAUAACAAAAGAUCGCUGGAUUGAGGGCCCGGGUCCUCGUGUUAUUCUUGAAUUUAACAACUUUUAACAAAAUAAGUAGCUAACAUUCAAACUUCUUGCACGUCAAAAUUAUUUAAUAAAAAGAAAAAAAUAAUGAUCCAAUACAAAAUCGGGAAAGAAUCACGCAAGAUUCGCUAUCUUAAUUCAAACCAAUAUUUUUAGCUCUACUGUUAUCACUUGUAUUUUUGCACGAUGAUGAUACACAAGUUACGUGUGAAAUAUUCCUAAAAGGUGUCUUUUGGGGAAACAUCUAUUACCAGCGCGUAUUCAACUAAACGUACCUACAUGAAAGAAUCAAAUAAGCGAAUAUCUAAUAAUAAUAAUAAUCCGUAAUUGCGUCACAAACUAUCAACUUAAGCGAUUAUACGUACUUCCGCCAAUUAUCUGUAUACUCGAGUUUUAUUCAGAAAAGUCUCCGUGCUAUAGGAAUAAUCGUACCAAUAUAUGUUUCUACGGAUUACAAUUAAGAUAAAUCGUUGAUGCGCAUAUACAAAUGCAAUACGUGAAGAUAAACAUGUGCCAGUAAUGCCACGUGCAUUUAUUUCGUAAUGCGACGUAUAUACAGUAUUGUAUGGUAACUCAAGUUUGCUAAUGGGGUUUUAACAUUAGCAAUGGUUUGCGUGAGCUUGUGGAUCUCACACAAAGAGACUGACAUAUUGGUCGAAAGGCAUAUACUAGAUAGUCUCAAAACCACCGGAUAUACCUUUUGCUGCGAAUCCGUUCGAAGUCGAUUUUUCCUCAACGAGAAUAUCGAAAUACCUGUAGUGUCUGGGCAAUUAAUUAACUCGAUUAAGUUAAUGAUUUAACUCGAAAUUAGUUUUAUUUUCGCCAUAUUAUAUUUCAGAGGCCAGAGGACGGAAGAAUCUUUAUUGGAUUUUCAUCGAAAGUUUAAUUACGGAAGUAUACAAUAUUUAAAAUUCGAAAUACGCAAUCCAGCAAUUUCCUCUUUAAUUUCCGAUUUAAUUCUUUUCGGCAAGAGAUGACGAUCAUUCUCGAUUAAAGAAAGGUCGUCAGCGAAUUGAUGACCAAGGGCUGGAAAUUUAAAAUUUAACCGUAUGUCCGGUGGUACACCAUGCAUACAGAGUGUACGAAGAAAUUUCUAUCAAACUGUAGCAGUAGCCUUUUCGCACACCCUGUACAAUUUAGAAAAUAUGAAGUAAUAAUAAACGUCUUUGUUACCGCGUAAUUUCGCUGUCGUCCACGGAGUUAUAAAAAUAUGCCAAAUCUGGGUUGUGAAGUAUAGUUAGGAUACUUAUGUACAUAUAUAUAUAUAUAUAUAUAUAUAUGUCGCAGGGAAAUAAUAAAAAUGGAAAUUUGAUCAAAUCUCUAAGGUAGAUGAUCAAAUCACGACCCCCACCCCACCGAUGAUUUGAUCAUCUACUUUAGGAAUUUAAUGAAAUCUCCAUUUUCAUCAUUUCCCUGCGACAUAUAUAUCGUUUAAAGAACAGUCUUAAUGUAAAAACUAAAAAAAAAAGUAGUUUUAGGAUAAUUCUCUCUGUAUUUUUGCCCAAUUGUGAUGUUCCUCCGAUCAACUAUCGUCGGAACUAAUUGUUAUAAAUCGAUUUUAUUGUUUUUGAAAUAUAUUAAACUUAAGAAGUUUAAUAAUGUUAUAUUGGAACCCAAAGUGUUGUGAGUUGAUACAGAGAUUUAUUAUUAUUUAUAAUAGGUGAUAGAGAGGAAGGAAAUAUGUUUUGUGAUCGCAUAUAACUGGGUCUGAGUGUUAAAAAUCAAAUAAGAUGUUUUAUAUUAUUUGUUAUGUAAAAUGUGUAACUUAAUAAUUAUCGACUAAGAAAGAGUUUAGAUUUGUAGCGGUUGGUUUUUUUUUUACCAAUAAGUUUUAUGUACAUAUUUAAAAUACUUAUAAGUCGCAAAAGUACUAUACUUAGGGGAUAGCUUUAUUUGCGUUCCACUUUACAGCGUUAUACUGAGUGUGUCGG